AUGCGAGAUCCAGGUUCUGCCGCCGUCCGCAUUGUGGAGGUUGGGCCGCGAGAUGGUCUACAGAACAUCCGCAACCUCGUCGACACCUCGACCAAGAUCCAAUUGAUCCAGCGCCUGAAAGACGCCGGCCACCGCACCAUCGAACUCACCUCUUUUGUCUCCCCGCGGGCAAUUCCUCAGCUAGCAGACGCCCAGCAUGUUGUUGGGAAUCCAGGAAUCAAACCCUUACUCCAGGACUCGGGCCUGAACCUGCCUGUUCUCGUGCCGAACCUGAAGGGUCUAGAAAAAGCCAUCGCAUCCGGGGUGAAGGAGGUUGCGGUAUUCAUAAGUGCGACCGAGGGUUUUAGCAAGGCAAACAUCAACUGCACAGUUGACCAAGGACUGGAGCGCGCAAAGGCUGUGGUGCGAAAGGCGACCGAGAGCGGCAUUGUGGUUCGAGGCUACGUCUCAUGCAUCUUCGCUGACCCCUACGAUGGCCCGACACCCCUCGCUGCGGUACUGCGCUGCGUUGCCUCGCUAUUGGAGUACGGAUGCUACGAGGUCAGUCUUGGGGACACGCUGGGAGUCGGUGUUCCAUCAGACAUCCACCGGCUUCUCUCGUACCUCGAAGCGAAUGAGAUCCCCAUGCAGAAACUGGCCGGCCACUUCCACGACACUUACGGGAGCGCAGUGGCAAACGCAUGGGAAGCCUACAAAUGCGGGAUUCGAGUGUUUGACGCUAGUGUUGCUGGGCUGGGAGGGUGUCCAUUCGCCCCGGGCGCAAAAGGCAACGUGUCAUCGGAGGAUCUUGUCCACAUGUUUGAACGAGCAGGGGUGCAGACUGGAGUUGAUCUGGUCAAGCUGGCUGAAACGGGAGACUGGAUAUCGAAACAAAUCUCGAUUCCGAAUGCCAGUCGAGCUGGAGCGGCUGUGACUGUGUCGAGGCAGAAACAACCAGCAAAGAAGGCGGUCCCCAAACUGAACUGGGAGCUCGUCCGACAGACCGAGGGACUCGACGUCUACCGAUCUGGGGUGAAUCUGAAACUUGUCUUGAAUCGCCCGAAGAACGGAAAUGCCCUGACGAGCGCCAUGAUUGCGGACCUGACCGCGCGCGUUCGCGAGGCCGACAGCGAUCCCUUGACUUCACGACUCAUCAUCACAGGCAACGGCAAGUUUUUCUGCACGGGGAUGGAUCUGACGACAGGAAGCACGCCGGUCGGGGAGGGCGGAUCCACCAGCGACACCCAGUACAACCGACUCUACGGCCUCUUUGAGGCGAUCGACCAGUCCGGCAAGGUGACCAUUGCCUGUCUAAACGGCCCUGCCUUUGGCGGUGGUGUUGGACUCGCCUUUGCAUGCGAUAUCCGGGUGGCUACGAAAAACGCAAGCGCCACGCUCAGCGAGGUCAAGCUCGGGUUAUCGCCAGCUACAAUCUCCAAGUACGUGAUUAGAGAGUUCGGCUUCGCAUUUGCACGCGAGGCGAUGCUCUCUGCACGCACAGUCACUGCAGAGGAGCUCCAUCAACGAGGGCUUGUCUCGCAGUUGGCACCGAGCGCCAGUGAGUUGACGGCGACGAUUGACGCCCUGCUGAAUCGGCUGAAGAUUGCCUCCCCGGAAGGGUCUCGGAUGUCCAAGCAGCUGGUCCGGUUGGCCUGGGCGGACGCCGGCAAGGAGGCGCAGGAGAAAGGGAUCCGAGGAAUUUUCGACGCCAUGAUGAGGCCAGACGCGGAGGGCGCAUACGGAGUCAAAGAAUUCCAGUCGAAGCGUCCGGUGGACUGGGAUGCGUAUUCGUUGCGACGGGCGUCGAGAGCCAAACUGUAG